AUGAACCUCUUUGGAAAAAAGAAAAAGGACGAACCCGCUCCUGCGACCCCUCCACCAGCCUCCGCCAACAGGGCCCGCACUGCCAACCGAGGCUCGUCCGUUAAUGGUAUCCCUGCCCAGAGCAGGCCUGGACCUCCCUCCCAGGGAAGUCAGACUGGCCAACAGCAGCAGGCUGGUGGUCAGCAGGCCGUUCAACAACAACCACCAGCUUCGGCGCAGGUACAACAACAGCAGCCGCCGCCACAACAGCAGCAACCGCCGUUGUCUACAACACCAGGACCAGCCGCUGCUGCCGCCACGGCCAUCCAGGCCCAUGCUCAGGCGCAGGCCCAGCAACAACUACAGGCGCAGGCCCAGGGCGGUCAGACCGGCUUCAAUUUGAACAUGCCCAACGGAAGCAAUAUCUCCAACGUUUCCAACGCCAACCUCAACAAUGCCCCCUCUGGAAACAGCCCGAGAAGCAGCAACAACAACAACAGUAUGGACCUGCAGCAACAGCAGGCACAACUCCAGCAGCAACAUCUUCAACAACAACAGCAGCAGCAGUAUUAUAACAUGCAGCAGCCACAGCAGCAAUACCAGCCUCAAGACUACCAGCAACAGCAGCAGCCACAGCAGAUGCAAUACAACAACAACCAGCUGGAUUCAGAUUCUCUCUCGCUCACCUCGGGCAUGCAGCAGAAUCAGAUGCAGCUGCAGUCGGGUUCCUAUGGCGACAGCUCGAUGCUCCAACAAGGCGGGUCGUACAACAACAACAACGACUCGAUGCUCCAGCAGGCGUAUAGCGGCGACAAUAUGCUGAUGUCACAGUCCAUCAACUACCAGCCGCAGCAGUUCCAGAUGGACCCUAACUUGAUGAACCAGCAGGGUGGCCACAACGGUAUGGAGAACGGCGGCGGCUACGACGGAGGAUACGGUGGUAUGGACCCACUGCAGCAACAGCAACAGCAACAAUAUUACCAACAGCAGCAGCAGCAGCAUAUGGCCAAUCAGCAAGGAGGCGGUGACAUGAACCAGGAUGGCGGCUAUGGAUAUGACAACAACGUGAAUGCCUUGACGAGCGGCAUGUUGAACCUCUCCGCUAUCGAGGGCAACGACAACAAUAGCAAUAACAACAACAACCACAACAAUGGCAUGGACAACAACACCAAUAUGAACGGAAACGGAAACGUGAACGGAAACGGCAACAUAAACGGCAAUGGUAACGGACACCCCAACGACGGCAACAACAAUAACAACAACAAUAACGGAAACAAUAACAACUCUGGGGAUUUACCCUUGUCCGCAGAUAUCCGCGUUCUUCAGGACCAGGUUAUGAGCUGGAAAAAGUCCCAAGAGUCGGCACAGGCCAAGAUUAGAGAACUUCGAUACACCUUGACCCAAAAGUCGCAGGAGAACCGGGAAAUCCAUCAAUCGUACACCCAGGCCAGCCAGGAUCGAUUGAAGCUCCAGGAGGUUGUCCACAAGCGCGAGAAGGAGAUCGAUGAGCUCCGGUCCAAGUACCUGAACGAUGUCCGACAGAUCCGCGCGACCGACGACGACCAUUCGACGAUCGAACAACGCGUCCGUAUGCUCCAGGCUGCCAUCCUGCAGCUCACAAAGUCGUCCGCCGGUGACCGUGCCGUCAACCUGAAGGUGGAGGAAGUUCAGAAUCUCGUCAAGAAGAGGUACAAGUUUGGCAACAACGAGUCCUAUAUCCUCAACAUGUUCCUCGAGAAGUACAUCAUGGACCUGCUGCUCCAGGAGGUCUUCAAUGACCCACCCUUCUAUGUCGGCUUCCAGCUCGCGCCCCAGUUCAGCGCAAUCUACAACUGGAUGAUGGAGAACAACUUUGCGGACCAGGCCGUUCGGUUCCGUCAGCAGGUCUGCUACAUCUCCGCCAAGGCCCCCGUUGCCCUAGCCUUUGCUGCUCAAGAGGCCCAGCGUAUUGCCAAGGUCUUUGAGUCCAAACUGGAGGUUUACUACAAUGUCUGGAACGGACAGCAGAAGGUCCUCGAUCUCGUGACGAAGGCUAUCGAGCUCAGCUUGACGAUGCGGAGCCAGCACGCCGAGAUCAAGGCACAGGUCAUUCCUCAGGAUACCAAGUACGAUGCCGAGAAGAUGUCGCCGGCUCACAAGAGCAAAGAGUCUGGCUCGGUCCGCGUCUGUGUCAUGCCAUGCUUCAUCGACUCUAAUGGCGUUGUUGUCGGCAAGGCCAAGGUGUUCUGCACGUAA